AUGCAACUCCACCAGUUCCUCCCUCUCGCCGCCAUGGGUGUCCUGGCCCUCACCACCACGGCUGAAGCCACUCCUCUCUCAUCCCGCAGCGAAAGCAUCAAGAUCACUACCUGGUCCGGCAACAACUGCGAGGGUUCUUCUGCCAACCCUGCCAUCUCUGGGUCUGGAGACUCCUGCUUUAUGAGUCUCCCUGGAGCGUCUUUCAACGUCGAUACCGGCGACAACAAGUGCAAGAUUACUACCUGGUCUGGCAACAACUGCGAAGGAAGUUCGGCGAACUUUGCGGGCAAUGUGCAGGGAUGUAUUGGCAUUCCGUUUGGGUCUGUUAGCAUCGAUUGUUAG